CUUCCCCAGCUGGGCUAUGCGUGCCGACUUGCACGUGCCGAAAGUCAGGAGGUAUGACUCAGACUGGUUACCCUACACUCAGCACUACGAUCUACACCCAAACACACCCUGAACCUAACACCAUCCUGCCUGCGAGCAUGGAGGGGGUGGAUGGGUGCAGGUGGAGGGGGGACAGAUGGCAAUGAAGGCAAAGACAAAGAGAGAGAAACAGCCAAGCAGGCAGAUGCAAGGUUGAAAUAACAAGGUGAUGCCUAAAAUAUGAACAAUAUGUUAACAGUGUGUUACUCAUUAUAGACGGACAGAUGGAUAGAUACAGUGCUUUCAUAGAUACAUACAUACUCUGCAUAUGGUUACACAUUCUCACGGAGGAUGUAUCAUAUCUGAUACAAAAAGGCACUGUCUAUCAUUUUACUGAAAUCAGUGCUAUCCAAAACAAAACACAAUUUGUACCUUGAUUGUUCAUAAAAAGACAAAACUGGACGAAAUUAAUAAUUAACAAAUCGUAAUAAUAAGAGAUUCCAGUAACGUAUUAGUCUUUUUUGUUUAACCAGGCUCAAACAGUUUGUGACGCUUCUGCUCUGUUUAGUAUGAUGUGUUCAGUGUAGCUCUGCAGCCUCUUGUCCUGCCCACCAAUAAACCCAGUGACCCUGACUGAACAAUCCAAUACUGUAUGCAUACUAGCGUGUGUGUGUGUGUGUGUGUGUGUGUGUGUGUGUGUGUGUGUGUGUUUGUAUGUGUGUGUGGAAAAUCAUUAAAGCGUGCCUCUGCAUUUGUUUCCAGAGUGUGCUUAUGUUGAGUGUUUUUGCUUCUGUGUGUAUGUGAUGAGAAACAUGCAGGAAAGAUAAGGAACUGAAAGAUAAAGUGAUAGAGAGCAAAAAAGGGAAAGAAGGGGGGAAGGAAAGGGAGAGUCACAGAGUGUGUCAGAUCAGAUGACCUUGAUGUCUUUAGACUGCAGGGCAAUAUGGGUUGGGGGUUGGGGGCGUAUGAAGGUAGAUGGGAGCAGGAGGUGGAGUCAGCUGACAGGAAGAGGUGGGAGGAGGGGAAAAGGACCCUCAUGUCAUGACCGUGAUGCUCAUAUGAGUUAUUUAGGAAAAGCUUCUUUUUUUUUUGCCUCAGAUGGUGCAAAUCCUCCCACUGAUGAGAGGUGAUGGAGGUGUUUAAAUAGUGAAAUUACAUUAAUUCUUGUAAUAAUUAUUCACCCAUGAUACCCUUGAAACAGAACAAGUUAUUCUCUUUUGGCUUUUGUGCGUUUCAUACACGCAGCCCUCCCACCUGCUAUGUGCUGGUAAUAUUUUAAAAAGCUUGUUUCGGUGUGUGUGAGGGUUUUAUGUCAGGACUUUGUUGAGAAGAAAAGAGAAAGAUGACUCAGGCUUAGUCAUAUGCAAGCCAACCCAACACACACUGCUGAGGAUGGACUUUUGUUGUCAGUCAUCCCUCCUACAACCAAGACCUUUCCUCUGCGCUGCUGAGAAACAGUGAGCGAGAGACAGAGUGAGAGCAAUGGAGAGAGAGAGAGAGAAAGAGAGAGAGAAAGAGAGAGACGAGGGCGUGAAACAACUCAUUUGAACGAUAAUUUGAGGAGAUUGUGAGAUGAAGUGAUUGAUGUGAGAAUCGGAGUCUCUGUUGAACCUUCCUCUCCCUCUCUCAAUGCCGGGUUACAGCAGGUUUACCACUGUUCGCGAAGUCACUUCAGUGGAUGGCCCCAGAAGUGGAGGCCAGAUGGAAAUUGGGUCACAUGACCGCCUCCAGGAAGGCGCGCUGAGCCUGGAACUGGCCAAUGGGGUGAAUCGCUACCCUAACGAUGAUGCGACAUCUAUGGAAACAGAGCAGCAGAGGGCAGGAAGCGUGCCUCCAAGGCAGUGCUGGGUGUCAGGACAUGGCAAGGUCAGUGACACCCAACAACAGCAACCAUGCUGGAACAGCAGCAGCAGUACAACCCCUGGAGAACCUGUCCACCACGCAAACAUGGAGGAUGCCCACAAUCUGGUGGCUUUUUCUGCUAUUGCUGGCUCCUUGCCUCCCUCCUCCUCCUCUCCGUGCCUCGUACAGCCUAACACAGCCCAGUUGUAUGAGAAGUUCACCAAGGAGAUGGGUGCUGAGGGGACCCAGGCCAAACUCUCUGCAGGAGCUCAUGAGGGAAGCUGCCAACCUCCAGAAGACCUGAACACCCUACAGACAGCACUGAGCCAAGCCAAACAUGGUCACAAGCCCCCCAACUGCAACUGUGAUGGGCCCGACUGUCCAGACUACCUUGAAUGGCUGGAGAAGAAGAUUAAGUUGGCAACCGGUGAGGAUCAAGAUGCGUGCAAGAUAGCUGAUACUCCCCCACACUUACAGACUUACGCACAGCCACCCCGUUUGCAGCAUCACCCUCAGCCGUACCCCCAAAUGAAUGGUGGCCACCGCCUGUCUUCUUCAUACCCCCAGCAACAACAGGGAACGCAAGGCCCUCACCCAGACCAAGUGCCCUGCCCCAAACCCCCGAUUCCGUGCUCUCCCCAGGUGCUCUCCAUAGCCAAGGAAAAGAACAUCAGUCUUCAGACAGCCAUUGCCAUAGAAGCCCUUACCCAGUUAUGUGGUACUGGUCCACGAGCUGAUGGCUGUCCAGGUCAAGCUUCCUACAACAGUAACCUCCAUCACCACCAACAUACCCAGAACAUCCCAUCUCAGCCCCCCAAUGGCACUAGUUUAAUUCCGUCCUCUCCAUGCACCCACUCAUCUUCCUCACGCUCUCAAUCCGUCCCUCCAGGACUACACACCAUCCAGCAGGCCCCAACGUCCUGUGAGCACCACAGGCCCCAAUCCCAAGGCCAGCCACCCCAUGCUACCCCUCUGCCAUCCUCUACCUCUCCCUUCCCAGGUCAGGGAAAACACCCAGGCUUCAGCCCUAAUCCCCAGCAGUGGCAGCAGGGCUCAGGCAGAGGCUCUGAACAGAGGAACCCAUGGAUGUGUAUAAAAUCUGAGCCCCAGUCUCACUGUGUUGCUGCACCUCACAGCAGCUCAGACCCCAUGUCAGAGCUGAAACAGCUGCUGGGUGACACCAGUGGCAAGUUCAGCAAUGCUCAUUUCAAGCCUCCAGUCACACAGCAGAUCAUCUUGAACCAGAAUGGGGGUAUCCAGGCCCAGGACAACCCAGCACUGGCAAGGAUAAAGCAAGAACCAGACUCUGGUGAGCACUACCAUCACACUGCCUCCAUGGGACAUUAUGGCAUGGCUAAUGGUCAGCAGCAGGGUCAGCACUACCAUGGCACUCCCCUGUCUCCUGGCCAAGCAGCCAUCAGCCACUCCACUCAGGCAGCUCUGCAACAGCACCUUCACUACAAGAGGAACCUCUUCUCUAACCACUCCCCUGGCUUUGGAGCACCAGGCCCUCGUGCACCUAUGGUUUGUCAAAACUUGAAAAAAUGGUGGCCACAGAUGGACGCAGAAGGUUUGCCACAUCUGGCCAUCAAACAGGAACCCAAGAAGAAAAAAGGCAGCCAAGGAUCUCCUGUCAUAAAAGCUAUGAGUGGGAUGCUUGCGGUCCCUCCUCUGCCCAAACCCAAACAGAUAAUCAUCAAGAAGACCAAGCAGAAAGCCUCCAUGCCAACCUUCCUGCCUCAGACUCAGAUCUCCAUACAAAAACCGCCAGUCCUCAUGAUGGACAGAGCCCCGGCCCUGACCAGCCUGCAACCAGGUCCUCUUCCCUCUCUGCCCCUCCACUGUAACUCCACUCAGGCUGCUGCUGCAGGCCUCCCUGCCCCAGCCCAAUCUCAGGUAUCCAUUUCCAACUCCUCAAUGACUCCCUCUUCCACUGCUUUGUCAGAACACACUCCAGCCCUCAUGGGCCCUCAGCCCCAACCUGUGUCCCCUGUAGCCCAUGCGAAGUCAGAGGAAGUGGGCAGCCUGGCCUCCAGUAACACCAGCACCACCACACCUGUGACCUCCACAUCUCCAUCCAGCACCUUACAAUUACAGAGUGUCAUCAACAUCGACCCGAAGUAUGAAGAACUGAUCCGCCAGUUUGAGGCUGAAUUUGGAGAUGCAGUCCCAGACGUACCUGCCAGUCAGCCCAUGGAGGAGACCGCCACAGCCCCUCAACCGAGGAACUGGUCCCAGACCACUCCUCAGGACCUCAGUUCCGCAUCAUCUUCCACCCCUCAGUCAGCUCCCUUAAUUCUUGCCACUCAAGCCAACUCCACACCUCAUCCAGAUGAUCAGGAGAUGGAAGUCAGCAAGGAUGAGUCAGGGACCCUAAGUGAAGCCACCUUGAACCAGGCAUCCACAGAAGGCUCUAAGAGGGAUUUCUCCUUGCAUCAGGAGGCCAUUCUGGACAAGCAGCAGCAGCAGCAGAGUGUGUUACAGGAUACAUUCAGCAUGCCGUGUUCUCCACUGUCAAAACGCAUGAAGCUUGAAACCUCGGGUGAUAUAGCAGUACUUUCCACCACAUGCUAUUCUGAGGAGGACACGCCCACUAAGGACAGUCUGCCUUCUUCUCCAUCUCUCAGAGGCUUCUUAGAGUCUCCUCUUCGCUACCUAGACACCCCCACCAAGACCUUGCUGCAUACUCCUUCCAAGGAUCUUCAGGCAGAGUUCCCCACCUGCACUUGUGUCGAACAAAUCCUGGAGAAAGAUGAAGGGCCCUACUACAAUCACCUGGGAUCUGGACCUACUGUAGCUUCCAUACGAGACCUGAUGGAGAUGAGGUAUGGAGAGAAGGGGGAUGCCAUCCGGAUUGAGAAGGUGGUGUACACAGGCAGAGAAGGAAAGAGCUCACGAGGAUGUCCAAUUGCUAAGUGGGUGAUCCGUCGUGCCAGCGAUACAGAAAAGCUGCUGUGUCUGGUGCGUCAGCGUGCAGGCCACCACUGUGCCAACGCUGUCAUCAUCAUCCUCAUUUUGGCCUGGGAAGGUGUCCCGAGGGCCCUGGCUGACAAGCUGUACAGCGAGCUCAGUUGCACCCUCACCAAAUAUGGCAACCCCACCAGCCGACGCUGUGGCCUCAAUGAUGAUCGAACCUGUGCGUGUCAAGGCAAGGACAGUGAAACUUGUGGUGCUUCUUUCUCCUUUGGCUGCUCUUGGAGUAUGUACUUUAAUGGCUGUAAGUACGCCCGAAGCAAAAUGCCACGCAAGUUCAGGCUACAAGGAGAUCGCCCUGAAGAGGAGGAAAAACUCAGGGAUAACUUCCAGCAUCUGGCAACUGAGGUGGCUCCUUUGUACAAGAGGCUGGCACCACAGGCCUACAGUAACCAGUGCCAGUCAGAGUCGAAAGCUCCAGACUGCAGGCUGGGCUUGAAGGAAGGCCGGCCGUUCUCUGGAGUCACUGCUUGCAUGGACUUCUGUGCCCACGCUCACAAGGACCAGCACAACCUCUACAAUGGUUGCACUGUGGUGUGUACUUUAACUAAAGAGGACAACCGUUCAUUGAAAGGGAUUCCUGAGGAUGAGCAGCUCCAUGUGUUGCCUCUUUACAAGGUCUCGCUGACCGAUGAGUUUGGCAGUGAGGAGACCCAGCGUCUCAAGAUGCAGACAGGAGCCAUCCAGGUGCUUCAAGCUUUCCGCCGUGAGGUGCGUAAGUUGCCGGAACCUGCCAAGUCCUGCCGACAGCGCAGACUGGAAGCCAAAAAGGCCAAUUCGGAGAAGAAGAAAAAUAAACUCAUGCAGCAGGCUGGGGAGACGCCAGAGAAAACUAUGGUCAAGACUGAAAUGUGCGUCACCGGUUCCCCUCAACCCCAAGGCAAUAAAGCAAUUAUAAAACAAGAGGUGAAGCCCAUCAUCAAGAAGGAGCCCUUCAACGGAUCAAUAGAUGGAUACCCUGUGCAGGUAGCAGACCCGUUCAACAACAUCUAUCCACACCCUGCCUACUAUGCAAGGGGAGGCCUCCCCCCAACUGGCCAGCCCCAUGCACCAGACCCAGUAAACGGUUACCACCACAAUCUGCCCGCAAUGCACUAUGGCUACUACAACUACCCCCCCAGUGCACUUUUCCCCCCUAAGCUGAGGACCUAUGAGGGUCGAAAUGGCUCUUUGCCCAAAGCAGGCAGCAAGGCUGUCCAGGUUGACACAAAGCCUGAUAUUCAGAGCCUUCAGGCCAGACUGGCGCAGUCCUACCCGAACCACCCAGAGCAAGCCAACCAACCAAACCACAGCGCUUACAUCCAGCCUCCAGACUACAACCAAUCCCGUCCUUCCUCUGUCUGCUCUGAACCCCCCAACAGAGGCACUCCAGUCAUCAAACAGGAGCCUAUGGAUGUGCCAGUCAAUGAAGGCACAACGCAGAUCCAGGCUGGUGCCAACACACCUAGCACCACCCCCCAGCCUAUGCCUUGGCCAGGGCACAAGCUUAAUGGAAGUAUCAUAUCCAACAACUGGGAAGGCCACCUGAACCCCAAAAUAAGCCCUGAAGUCUCGCUGUUGAACCCGGACAAGCAGCAGUUUCACCAGCAUCCCCAGCAGCGACAGCCCUCUCCUUACCCCCAGCAGUGGACACCCUACCCUGGCUCAAAUGCCCUGAUGGCUUCCCCUGCCCCAUCGCCAUCACCCCAGGUACAUCCUUCUCCAUCUCCGUCCCCUCACUUAGGCACAGUGCUCCCAGGUAACAUACACCAAUUGUCCACAGGCCCUGCCACCCCACGCCCAAGUACCCCUCACCAUGGUACACUACAGCCUGGCAACUCUCACUCACGCUCAGUUACACCACAGCCAGGCACCCCGGGUCCAGGCACCCCGGGUCCAGGCACCCCAGGUCCAGGCACCCCAGGUCCAGGCACCCCCAGGCACUGGGCCAGCCCUGCUCCUAGUCCUCAGCCGAAUGCUUGGGCCAUGCGGCCUGCGGCAUACAGCCCUGGUUUGAAGCACAGCAAUCCUGCAGGAGCCUACCCUGACAAGAUCUGGUCCAAGACUGGGGAAAGUCGGUGUUCCACUCCCCUUGGGCUCCAAGAGAAGGCCUGGAAGUCUUGUGGAGGUUCAUUAGCAGGCAGUACCCCGUCCCCUGCCCCUGAGGGUCGCCUCUUCCCUGAUGCCCUGCAGCAGUCAAAUCAGGCCUGCUGGAAUCCCAGCCGAGUGGAGAGUGACGUUGAGAGCACCAAGGGCUGUGAGGACGAAGAAGAUGAGGUGUGGUCUGACAGCGAGCACAACUUCCUGGAUCCCAACAUUGGUGGUGUAGCGGUGGCACCAGCCCAUGGCUCUAUCCUGAUUGAAUGUGCCCGUCGGGAACUACAUGCUACCACUCCACUCAAAAGGCCUGAUCGCUCCCACCCCACCCGCAUCUCCCUGGUCUUCUACCAGCACAAGAACCUCAACCAGCCCAGGCACGGCCUGGCGAUAUGGGAGGCCAAAAUGAAGCUGCUGGCAGAGCGAGCACUUCAGCGGCAGCAGGAAGCAGCUCUUCUUGGCCUCUCACAGGAUGACAUCAAGGCCCUCGGGAAGAAACGCAAGUGGGGGGCUACGGUGGCAGGUGCCAGUCCAGGACCUGGACAAUCUAAAGACAAGAGGGAGGGGCCAGUGACGCGGUUAGCCCCCACCUUCCACACCUCCUCUAUGGUUACUGUGUCUCCCUAUGCCUUCACCCGCCUCACUGGCCCCUACAGCCACUUUGUCUGAGGUCAGAGAGACACAAACAGACUGAUAGCUUCAGAGUGGUGCAGUGGAGGGCUGGAGAGAGCAAUGAGCAGGAUGAAUGUCUCUCAGCCGUCCCGCAGUCUGGCAUCUCUCCAUCCUGCCCCCUCCGCAGUCCCCUUGGAGGAGGGGACAUUUUUAUUGUUUUUUACCUCAUGUCAGGCAGUGGUUUGGGCUUCAGACACACUGCCUGUGGUGCUCUUCCUCUCUCUUCCCUGGAGAGGAACUUCAUUGCUUUUUCUUGUUCAUAGAAUUUUAAUGAUUCUAAUUAUUGCUAUUAUUAUCAAUAUUAUUAUGAUUGCUAUUGUUACUGUCAAUGUUGUUAUUACAGGUAUUAUUAUAAUGAAGACUUGUUUGUUUUUUAUUAUUGCUGUUUUCAUUAAUGUUAUUAUUAAUGAUGUGAUUGUUUUUGGUUAUAUAUUUUUUUAAAUCAAUCAGUCUGAGUCAGUCAGACUCAGACAAUUGCUUUUUCCAUGUUUGGAAAACGUGUACCCUUUUUUCUGUUUCUGAUUUUCUUUGUUCUUGUCAAUCUUCCAGCUGUACUUAGAGGAGGAGCCGUUAUCUGCCUGGCAAGACAGCAAAUCAAUAUCACAGUAAUCAUAUGUACGCAUAUAAAAUUGGCUUUCCAGUAGGCUUGCCUCAAAUAUUUAUUUCUAUUUUGACAAUAUACAGAUAUGUAUGUACCUAUUUGAAGGGAGUUUAGCCCUCCAUAAAAAUGUAAUUUUAAUUAUGAUCAACCUGGGCCUCUAUUCCCUGGUUUUGUGUUCACAUUUUCAUCGCCUAGGCUGACCAUAUUCAACAGCAGCACUACUGUCUAAUACACAGAAGACAGUAACACUGUACUGGAACCUGCCAACAUCCAUUUUUAGAUUUUCUAUUGCCUCCAGCUUACAAAUACUGCAUCUGGUAUUUGCGUAAUCAGUGCACUUCAGCCUCCCAGCAUUAUGUACAAAUAGAACAAACUCUAUUAUUGUCUACACAACUGGUGAAAAACAGGAAAAAAGAAAGAAGGAAAAACAGGGCUACCAAAGUCAGUUGUCAAAGCAGUAUGGUGCUUAUUAGAAUUAUAAGUUGGAUUUGCACUGAUACAAACGUUAGCUUUUCAAUGUGGCCACUGUAAGAAUAGACCACAUUAAAGGACUUUUCCAUUUAGAGGCUGCUUGUUUACAUGAGUACAGCUGAGGAGCAGUGCUUGGUUUAUUUUGUAACUGCGCAGAGCCCCUAGAAGGCUCAAACUGAACUCUAACAUUAUCAAGAAAAACCAAGCAUCACGAUACAAACAGUAGGUAGAUCAUGCCCAGGUUAAAAAUAAUUGGAAUUGUCCUUUAAACCACAUUUGAAGAAACCAUUGGGUGCUUCUCUUGGCAUUAGAUGACGUGCUCCUCCUCCUCUCCUGCACCCCUCCAGCUUUCGACUGGUGCUCAGCUUCCAGCUCUGAUCAAUUUCCAUUCCGCUACUCUUCAUGGCACUUGAUGCUGUACUGAGGUGCUCUAAGUCUAAUCUGGCUCAACUAGUAUUAGCAAGUGAGUUUGUUUCAACCGAUGUGGAGUAGCAGAAUGAUGAGAUUUAUUGCUUCAAGACUGGAAAUUUGUCAUGCAAUGAGAAGUUAAAUGGAAUAUCUUCCAAAUUCUUACCUUUGCUUGUCAUGUGUUCCUGUAACUGCACAUACCUGGUACUCCACAGAGGUUAAAGUGAUACUUCUUGCAAAUGCAUUUUGACCCAGGUCUGCAAUUACCACAUAGAGAUGGAACAGGUGGCACACUUCAUCUUCCUUUAACAUUCAAGUAGGGGUGAGCAUCUCCCAGUGUAAACUCUAGAGGGCAGCAGUGACUGCCUUUUCAAAGUGGUGUGUAAAACAAACCUACAAGCACUUGAGAUCCAUUCAGAAGCCAGUAGAGCCUUGCCGUGCUGCAUUAACCACCCAUGGCCAAUAGAGGGGGAUCUCACACCCUGUUUGCUGACCAUGGAUGGGACCUUACCAAAGCAGCUUAAGGUAAAAUUGAUCUUUGUAAAUGAAGUCUGGAGAUGCUUAAGGGAGGCCCGUCCUGGGUUUGAGCAGAGGGAAACAGUGUUGAGUCAGCAGAUGCUUUUGGUGCUCCUACACACACACACACUCUGGUGCUCUCCUAUUACACUUGAUUUACUGUGAAGGGCCCACUCCUCCCUCUGCAUGGUGCUGUCAUCUUCGAGCAGAGGGAGCUGUGUCCUUCUGCAGACACCUUGUCACCACAGAGCCAGCUCAAUCAAAGUGGCUGCCCUGUGGUCACAGCUCUGUCACUGGGCUUCGAAAACUGGUCCCUUUUGAGGUGCUUUUGCAGUUUAUUGUGACAAAGUGGUUUUGUCUCAAACAAAGUACACUGUACAGGGCACUCAGUGCACUGUUGGUAACCCAUUCACAGAGAAAACAAUAGUGCUGAGAGCUAAAGGGAGACCUUGAGAAAACGACUGUAGCAUCUGGGAGUUGGCUCCAAAUGCAGGUGCACUGAAUCAAUGAAUCUCUCACUUUGUGUGUGUGAGUGUGUGAAAAUGACUCGAAUGCAUGGGUGCGUGAAAGAGGAAAGCCAAAGAGAGAGACUAUUUAACAGCCCUGACAGAAUCCCGUGAAUCACUCCUUUUUGUUUUUAGGCAUCAACCAUGUGACUGAAUGAUUCAUUCAAGCGGUGACAUGGCUGACUUGCAACAUGUGCCGAAAAUGAAAAUGAGCUACUAGAUAAUUGGAUAAAGGCUGACUCCUGGCUGCUGGGUGGUUGUUUGGGUCAAGGCCCCGGUCAUCUGUGAAAGACCCUGUUACCUCUCCUGAGGGUCUCCAGCUCUCUACCUCACGCUGUAGAGACACUGGUCACAAUCACAACUUGCUACUGAGGGCAGAGAAUCAAGCAUAUGUCCCUUUGUGUGCUCUAGAUCUCCACACUCAUUUUAACCUGCUUUGUUUUUUUUACUCUUAUUUAUUACUACAUGGUGAUGAUGAUAAUGAUUGUCUUUGAUGUUAUUGUUUUUUUUCCUCUUUUUUAUAUAGCUAAUACAAAUUGUACAUAGAGAAGAAAAGAUUUAUAAAAGCACUUUUAAUCUUGAUUUUAAUGACAAAAAGAAAGAGCCGAUUAUUGACAACUUGAAGCUUAGUUUUUUGUUUUGUUUUUUUCUCAAGAGAGAGAUAAAAAAAAAUGUAAAUAUUAAAAUAUUUAGGUAAGAUUAUUUAACUGGUGAGGAUAGUAACUAAACCAUGAAUGACAAGGGGGUGUUUUGAAGUCUCUGACAGCCCCCAACAGUAAACAACACUUGGUCCCGAUGUGUUGUGUGUAAAUGUGUGCUUAGUAACACUGCUGUUUUGCUUUCGUAAGUACUGUACCCCUUGUCAGCAUGUAACUGACAGAGACUUUUCACUCUCUAAAGACAAAUUCAUUAGCCCGAUUAUGGAACAUGAAACCACACUUCUUACUUACUCACUGACAGUCAAAAUAACUGGAGGAUCCCCUGUUUUGCAGUGCACUGAUCAAAACCUCAUAAAAAAAUAUGAAUUUAAGAGUUUUAGAAAAGCUUGUCUGCUCGACAGCAAAUCGUUUUGACAUUUAACAGCAGGUGUCAACAACCCAAGGCAAACACUUAAAUUUCAUCUUUUUAAUCAACUUCAAUUUUUUUUAGUCAACAACAGUGAUCUAAUUGGCAGUAAGCUAAGGACAUAUCUAAAAUGGUAGCCAUAAACCCAAUAUGGGCUGUUUGUUGUUUAAUGGAAUAGUUUGACAUUACAGGUAAAAUGCUUAUUUGCUUUCUUGCCAAGAGUUAGAUUGACACCACUGUCAUGUCUGUAUGCUAAAUAUCUAGCUGGAGCCCGCAGCCUCUGAUAGCUUAGCUAGCUAGGCUCUGUCAACAGCUAGAAAAGUCCACCCACCAGCACCUCUAAAGCCUGCUAGCAUAUUAUAUCUUAUUUAUUUAAUCUGUUUGAAAUCCAAAUUCUAAACACGAGGUUGUGGUUUUAUGGCGGUUAUAUGCCAGGCUAUUUCUUCCAGGUAACCAGCCAACCAGCAGAGACUGCAGGCCAUCACUGCUCCCAGCAUAGACACUAGGUGCAUUUCCAUCCGGGAAAAAUGACAUAUAAUCAUGACAUACCGUCACUGCAAGCUCUCUUCGUCAUCUCCGGAUGGCUUUUAACAUGCUUAUGUAUGCACACAGGGCAGUUAGCUUAAACAUUACUUGGUCCUUAUUUCCAUUGUCCUCUUCAUUAUUAUACAUUGUUUUACUUCAUUUGAGGUUUGACUGGUGCUCUUAUAAUGAGAUCAUCUCAUGGUGCCCUCUUCUGCAGUUGCACCUGACUGGAGAAUCAGCACCACCCACUGCUUUUAUUGAUAAACCGACUCCCAGUAAUAGCAUAACAGUAGUGGUUUGAAAAGCACAAACAUGCAGAUUUUCUUUUGCCGAUUUUCUAAAAAAUUGCACGACAUUUGGAUGGAAACCCAACUCGUGUCACAUAAACUUCUGUAAAGUUGUUUUCUGUAUAGAUUAAGCAGUUUGGAAGUGCUAGUAGGCAUAUUUUCCCUGUUUCCCCAUUUUCGCUAAGCUAACUCCUAAGCUAACUAUAACUUCAUAUUUAGCACACAGAAAUGACAGUGGUAUUGAUUUUCUCAUCAGUCUCAUAUUUCCCAAAAUGGUGAACUAUUCCUUCAGUAUCAGCAGAGUUGCCCUUUAUAAAUUUACAACAGAUCGUGUGCAGAACCACAUCUGAAGGGGAGAUGUUUAGGAACAUAACCGGUAGUUGCAGAGCCAGUCUGAGUCGAAUCAGUGGGCAACGUUUUAGCGAGUAAUAGCCCAGCAAUCUUUGUCAGUUGUCUUAGACUAUCAGGUAAGAGACUGCCUCCCUGCUUGUUUAGAUGUAUCUAUCAUUAUCUAUUCUAGUUCUCAUAAUAGUAAGUAUGAACUUGGCAUAAAAAUCAUGACGCCCCUAGUGAACACACCGUGUCUUUAGUUUGUAAUGAAUCAUAUGAUACACACAUCAUGACCAACAGUAGUUGAACUGGUGCAGGGGCUGGGACUAGUACAGUAACAGCCCAUUUUAACCAUAAUGCAUGGCCCACAUUACUUACACACACACACACACACACACACACACACACACACACACACACACACACUUGCCUAACAAUGGGUGCUGAGGAUACGGUGUACAUGAUAUCUUAAUAACUUUGUAAAUUUCUAAAUGUUUCAAGAGUUUGGUGGUUGGUUCUCAUGAGAGGCGCCUCCUGCCAAGCACGUACUGAGAUGGGGGGCGUCGGUCAGCUGGUGCUAUGAUGCUUCACCUUAAAAUUCACUGUGUAAAAAAAAAAUAUGAGGGAUAAAUGAUAACCACAAAUAUUUUUCUGAGCUCUUCGAAUGUCAAAAGAAGUAUACUUUUGAUUCAAGCAGUUUCACAGGAUGGGAAGCUGCCCUGGUGCUGACUUUAUGAAAAGUCUUUUGUUACGAUGCUACAAAUUUACAUCUCUUUUUGAGGGCAGGGGGGCACUCAAACAGUUGAUUACAUUACAUACAUUGAUUAUUAAUAUUCAUUCAAUAUUGUACUUGAACUCAUUAAAACUAGGAUGAGAUAUAGAAUCAUAUUAUAUGAAGACUGUUAUCUGGGUUUCACAUUUGGUACAGCGCAAGUACCAAAGGCUAUUGAGAUGAUCUUUUGAGUAUGUUGUACAUGUUCAUGUUAACUGAAUGCUAAGAUAUUUGAACAAUACAAAAAUAGCAAUUGUGUACUGCCUCCCUUCCUCUUCCUCCCCUGGUCAUGCACUUCCUUUACUCAACCCCUCUCUUAUUCUUAACACACCUUGUAUAUUUUGUCUUUUUCUCUCACACACACACACGCACACACGCAAACAUAAAUAUACAUAUGCAUUUCACUGUGUGUGGCCCACUUUUAGAAAUCUAUUGAACACCUAAUUUAAUGCUCCAAAUUUGGGAUAGAGACUUGGACCCUGGCCCGUACUAAAAAAUAUAAAAAAUAAAAAUGAACCCACACAACUGGCAGCUACAUUCCCUUUUGAGUUUUAGGAUUGUUCUUGGUUCUUUAUUUUCAUGUCAAGGAUGCAGUAUGUAAAAAAAAAAAAAGUGUUUUUGUUCAGUCUCUCUCUCUUUGUAGCUGUAUGGUGUAUUAUGUGAAUACAUAGUGUAUGUGGUAAAAACCCCACAAUAUUGUUUUAUGUUGCGCGAUAAAUAAAAACAUUGAAGUGAAAA